CACAGGGACACUGCGACAGCACGGAAAGCACCUGAAGGAUCAUCCAGCGAGCUACCGUCCAAACACCACUCUGGUCCAGACCAUGUCAGCUGUACAGCAGCAACGGCAGCGAGAUCACACCGGGAGGCACACUCUCAUCGAGGUACCGAGAGGCCUACCUCACCGAUCCGUUGUACGCGGGACAGCCAGCAGCGCUUACCCUGGUCACGGGACUCUGCCCCCUAUAGGGCAUAG